AUGUUUCAAUCGCCUGAAUAUAGUAGCACAUUGUCGCUGAAUUUAUCAGAGGUAUUAGAGGAUGUUGGUGUCAAUGAAACAAUGGUGAUGAGAAGAAGAAAAAAUUUUAUGCUGAGAGAGAAUAUUCAAACUGUGACAUGGAGGUCAUUAUGUGAUAACAGCACUACAUAUAAUUUUGGGAGUCAAUCUGAAGGCACAACUACUAAUGGACUCAAAUCAGAUACUGACGUUAUGAUUGUGAAUUAUAAUUUUAAUGUAACACAGGACUGGUCAGAGUGGAAACAUAAUAAGAUCAAUCUUUUCACGAUACAGGAUGAGGAUGUUACACCUGGAUAUUGUUUCCUACAACUACUACGAUCUGAUGAGCCUUUCUCAGAGACAAUCAUUCCUGAUGAACAUUAUAUUAGAGAUAAUAAAGGGAGGAUAUUAUUGAAAAAUACAUGUUACAGUAAUAUACGUGAUGAUGCUGAGAUGCACGGUCCGUCUAAUGCUGUGCCCGAGAAAGAAGGAUACAGUGCAGUUGACUUUGUGUGUGCGUUUCAUUGUAAUUCAUUGCCACAAUCAGUUUUACACUCACUAGACAGACACAGCAUAGGGAGAUGGCCAACAACUGAAAUGAUCAGAUAUGCUGUAAGUAAUGGUUCUUUAGUUGUUGGUGCUAGCAGUAAGAUUAGUACUUACCCGGAACUAGAAUGGAGAAUAUCGACAUCAUUAGGAGAAAGAUGCUUCAUGUUUAAUCUAAACAUUACACAAUUACAUUGUUAUGUUUUGAUGAAGAUUAUUUUGAAAACUUUUCUAGCACCUAGUGCUUUGUCUAGUUAUAUGUGUAAAACUGUAGUGUUGCACUGUAUACAAAGCACCGACCGAAACAUUUGGAAAAAGAACAAUCUUUUCACCUGUUUAACAUAUUGCUUGCUUGAACUGCAAAGCUAUAUUCGAAAUGAAAAUUGCCCGCAUUUUAUAAUUCCGGAAAACAACCUGAUGGCCGGAGAAUUUAAUGCAGAAGAGAAGCUUGACAUUUUACGAAAGAUAAGUGACACAAUAAAGAGUGAUGGUAGAUGUUUGCUUCGAAUAACUAUUGAUGAUAUUGGUAAUCGACUACAGGACAAAAUUGGUACAGUUCGUGUAAUACCUCAUGGUAUGUUCACUCCUCGUGACAUAACUGAAUCCAUUUCGGGUUGGUUAUUUUUUAACUUAGCACGAACUAUUAGCGAUCUUGAUUUAUUAAUUUUAAUUUUCUUGGCAAAAUAUCAAGUCAAUCUCAAACAAUGUAUCUUAACGCUAGCAAGCUAUUGUGUAUAUGGAUCCAGACUAGAACAGCUUGCAAGCCGCUGUCUAGUCCCGUUUCUUUAUUCUACACUUGGAACUAUAAUGGCGUCAUCAAAUAUUCAACAGAAUACUGCAGUUCAAUAUCAAGCACUAAAGUUGCUCUCACUGGGUUUAAGCUCGGAUGUCAUAUCCGGCAGACUUAAACUAGCGUCGGUGUUGUAUAGUGUAGGUGAUAUGGAUAGAGCGGAGUUCAUUCUGAGAAAAACAGAAAAUCGGUACAACGGUGAUAUUGUUGAACCUGUAUGUGGUUGCUGGAAAUAUCCACGGUCUGAUUUGUCUGCACAAUUUAAGAGAAAAUGUUGCGAACAAAACGAAGAUUGCAUCAAUCAGAUCACAUCAUUUUGUGUCAGAUUCUUGCAAACGGAGAUCAACUGUGUUCCUCGAGAGUUACAAUAUGAAAUGAUGAGAUCUACACAAGAUGACAUGCAACACAGAUGUGUUCUGGAAAAAAGAUGGAUGGACUUUGCAGUGGUAGAUUCUCUCCCGUUCCUCUACUUUUUACAGUACAAGGUAUACGGACAUCUACAAAGACACCAGGAUCAACAUCGAGCACUAUGUAACCUUGUUUAUAUUACCGAGAAUGGAAAAAACCUUGGUCACAGGGAGACAGCUCUAAACCUUGUUGGUCAAUGUAUGGAACAGGAGAACAAACCAAUGGAAGCGUUUCAGUGUUAUAUGCUUUCUCUUCAAAAAAGAGAAAGAAACAACGCCGCAAAUUUCCAUAUUUGUAAUUUACUGAGAAAGAACCCUUCUCACAUUUGA